AUGUCCCGUCCCGAAGAAUUAGCUCCACCAGAAAUCUUUUAUAAUGAUAAAGAGUCUCAAAAAUAUACAUCGUCCACAAGAGUGCAACAUAUUCAAGCCAAAAUGACUCUUCGUGCAUUAGAACUAUUAAAUAUUCCAGAGAAUAGUUUUGUUUUAGAUAUUGGUUGUGGGUCCGGUUUAUCUGGGGAAAUAUUAACCGAAGAAGGCCAUAUCUGGUGUGGUAUGGAUAUUUCACCAAGUAUGUUGGCUACUGGUAUAACAAGGGAAUUAGAGGGUGACUUAAUGUUACAAGACAUGGGUGUAGGGAUACCGUUCCGUGCAGGUACAUUUGAUGCAGCAAUUAGUAUUAGUGCUAUUCAAUGGCUUUGUAACGCAGAUACUUCAUAUAAUGAUCCAAAGAGAAGACUGUUACGGUUUUUCAAUUCUUUAUUUGCUGCGUUGAAGAAAGGUGGUAAAUUUGUGGCACAAUUUUAUCCAAAGAACGAUGAACAAGUGGAUCAAAUUCUGCAAGCUGCUAAAGUUUCUGGGUUUAGCGGUGGUUUAGUUAUUGAUGAUCCGGAAUCUAAAAAGAACAAGAAAUAUUACCUUGUUUUAACAUCUGGUGCACCAAGAGCUUCAGAGGAACAAGUCAAUUUACAUGGUGUCACAAUGGAUGCACAGGAAGAUAGUAAGAAUCUACAGCGUAAAAAAUUAAGAAAGGGCAAAGAAAUAGAAUCAAAGAAGAAUUAUAUUUUAAGGAAAAAGGAAUUGAUGAAAAGACGUGGGAGAAAAGUGGCUCAUGAUUCUAAAUUUACAGGUAGAAAAAGAAGGCCAAGAUUUUAA